AAGAAAUACUUCAUUUUUAAUUGUGAAGAAAAUUUGAUAACUUCAAGUACAAAAACUACUCAUUUCACUAAAACCGUUCCUCCGAAUUGCUGCUGUAGCAAUUUUUUUUGUUGACUGUUGUUUAUAGUCUUGAUUGUUCAUUUCUUUGGUUAAUUUGAUAAAUGAAACAAAUCUUAAAUAGCCCGACUUUUGAUUGAAAACUAUCCAAUCAAUUUUAUAAUAAUGGAUCCAGCAAGUAUCGCAUAUCUAGGAUCUAUUGAUUAUCUGGUCUUGGUUGCAUUGUUUGUGUUUUCCCUCCUAAUUGGACUCUACUUUGCAUGGAAAGACCGUAACAAGGGUACAAAUGAAUUCCUCAUGGGAGGACGUAAUUUAUCACCUUUUCCAGUUAUGUUAUCGUUGAUUGCUUCAUUUUUAUCAUCAAUAACAGUUCUUGGAUGGCCAGCUGAAGUUUAUUACAAAGGAACCCAAAUAUGGAUUACUUUGUUAAGUUGUUAUGUUGAAGUUUUUCUUACCAGUGAAGUUAUCUUACCAAUCUUUUAUAAACUCAACUUAACCAGUGUUAAUAGAUAUCUCUAUGAACGAUAUGGCUCAAACUUCAUAAUGAUAAUGGUUUCUAUUGUCGGGUGUAUUGCUACAUUUCCAUGGCUCGGCGUUGUUCUUUAUGGUCCUUCCCUAGCUUUAGGAGCUGUUACUGGCUUAUCUGUAACAGCAAGUAUACUCUUGUGCGGACUCAUUUGUACAGUUUAUACGGCACUUGGCGGAUUGAAAGCUGUCAUUUGGACUGAUGUACUUCAAUAUUUUUUGAUGAUUUUGGGAAUUGUCGUGGUGAUAGUGAAGGGCAUAAUUGACACUGGUGGUGUAGCUGAAGUUUGGAGGAGAGCUGAUUUAGGUGGACGAUUACGUCUCUUCGACUCCAAAAUUGACUUCUACAAUUCACAUAAUCAGUGGACGACGUUGAUGGGAACGACUCUGGUCUGGACUGCUGGUCUAUCAACAAGUCAAGCUUUACUACAACGAACCCUGAGCAUGCCAACAUUAAAGAAAGCUAAAAUGGUCGUGUAUUUGGCUUUGCCUGGUUUCCAAUCGAUGCAAGUUCUUGUUACAACGUUAGGAGUUGUGGCCUUCGCCUAUUACUAUGAUUGUGAUCCAUUGAGAUCAAAAAAGAUCGCAGCCUCUGAUCAAUUGAUUCCCUAUUUUGUUACUGAUUUGUUUUCCUCCAAAUAUCCUGGUCUUCCUGGCUUAUUUGUUGCCUGUGUAUUUAGUUCAACAUUGAGCACACUGUCUUCAGCAUUUAAUGCAGUUGCUGCGGUUAUUUGGGACGAUUGGUUAAAAAGGUGUUUCCCAAAAGCAUCGGUCAGUGCUCAAGUAACCAUAACCAAAAUAAUUGCCGCUCUAGCUGGACUUGUGUGUAUUGGAGUCGCUUUUCUUGCCAGUCAAGCUGGAACUCUUUUCGAGGCUUCAUACUCUUUAAGUGGAUCACCUUUAGGACCCGCUUUUGCUGUCUUUAUAUUGGGAAUUUUCGCACCUUUUGUAAACAGCAAAGGAGCAAUUAUUGGCUAUUUAGCUGGUCAAAUUACUUGUGUUUGGAUUGUCAUAGGAGGAUUAGUUAUUAAACGUCCAAUACUUUCACUUGAAGUCUCCACUGAAGGUUGUUCAGCCAAUACUACUUAUCUUGAACCUGGCUUACUUGUGUCUCAACUGAAAGACUACAGGAUACCAGAAUAUCAUCCUGAAGGAAUCGCCAAAAUUUAUCACGUAUCUCACUUCAUUAUACCAGCAAUAGGAUUUCUGGUGGCACUUAUUGUUGGUAUACUCUUUAGUCUUUUAACUGGUUGCAAUCGAGACAAAUGUGUUAAUCCUGAUUUAGUAUUGCCUUGUCUUCGGAAAUAUUGUUGCGUAAAAAAUGAUCCGAAAAAGUGUAAUAAAUUCAAGAAACAUCAGAUGAAACAGAACGAUAUUUCGGAAACCAUUCCAAUGAAAUCCUGAAUUGAAAAACAUGUCCAAUUUUACAAAUAACUAGGUGGACGUGUAUUUUAUACUUGAAUUGAAUGUACAAUAGUAAAAACAAGAAUAAAAGUUCGAAAUGAAACAGUCUAA